GCCAUAUCUGUUCGACCUACCUCAAAGAGGUGUUGAGCCGCAGUCCAAGAGUCCAUCAAGGUGUAUGCGCCAAGUCGGCGGUAAUAGACGGGUUUCCUCGUGCAGGUGGGAAUUUUUCAUCCUCUCCCAAUGACAGCGAAGGCUAAGAGCAUAACCCACGUCGAUGCCCACGCAGCCCACGUAGCAGCCCACACCGGAUCCAGUAACAACUCUCCGGCUACAGUAGCCUAUCGCGAACGUCACAUUACCACAAGCCGCCCACUUUCUUCUGCUUUAAGUAGGAGGCGAUCCGGCAUGGACCAGUCGCACAAUUCGCGCAGUACCAACAAUGGGUGUCAACGAGAAGCAGCCUCACGUGGCUGUCGAUACCAGUGACACAAGUUCUGAAGAACGACCCGCACCACUUUCAAGCGAGAAGCCGACGACCAAUAGUGAGGCGGAACAACAAACGACAACUCCACCCAAGAAUUCGAGAUGGCGACGUAUCGUAGGAGUGCUAUGGGACUCCUUCGACGGAACACCGCAGGAACGACGCUAUGUCCGCAAGCUCGAUACGUUUCUCCUGUCGUACAUGUGCUUGGCAUAUUUCAUCAAGCAGCUCGAUCAGACGAACAUCUCCAAUGCGUUCGUCUCGGGCAUGAAAGAGGACCUGGAGCUGUAUGGCAAUGAACGGAACUGGUUAAAUACGUGGUUCAAUAUCGGGAUAUUACUGGGCACGAUACCUAGUCAGAUGAUUCAGCUCCAGCAUAUUCGCCCGAGCAUCUGGAUCCCGUCAUGUGAGAUCUUCUGGAGCAUCCUGGUCGUUGCAAUGGCGUUUGCGAAGAACGUGGAGACGCUGUACGCACUCCGGUUCUUCGUGGGUUUCGCCGAGGCUUGUUGCUUUCCAGGAUUUGCGGCGCUGCUUGGUGGAUGGUAUGGUACAAAUCAGCUUGCUAAACGUGCUGCUCUCUUCGAGCAAUCCUCUGCUAUCGGAAACAUGUUCUCCGGUUACCUUCAGGCUGCGCUGUACAAAGGCAUGAACGGUAAAGCUGGCCUGGCGGGUUGGCAAUGGAUGUUCGUCAUUGAUGGGCUCAUCGGCAUCCCCAUCGGAAUCUGGGGCAUGUUCGCAGUUCCAGAUCUACCGCAUAACACGAGAGCUUUCUACUGGACUGCAGCUGACAAGGAGUACACGAUUGAACGUACUCAGAAGCUUGGAAGGCCCGCGACGCCACCUUUGACAUUCAAGGCCGUGUGGGGCGUCUUCACUAACUGGAGGCUUUGGUUGUUCAUUUUGCCUUACAACAUGGUCGGCCAAGCCAUCAGCGGUAUCAAGUACUUCAACCUCUACUUGAAGUGGGAUGGCUGGAGUGUCGUUCACACGAACCUCCUUCCAACCGGAGGCGAUGCUCUCAGUGUCGUUUCUGCAUUGUUCUUCGGCAUCCUAGCUGAUCAGACUGGAUACAAUGCCACUCUGGUCUGCCUCAUUCAGGGACUCGUUGUUGUCAGCAACGGAAUGCUUGCAGCGUGGUGCUCAGGCCACUCGCUCAACAAAGGCAGUCUGCUGUUUGCCUACUACCUUUCCUAUGCUGGCCUUGCAGCCCAGCCGAUCGUUAUUUCCUGGGGCAACCACCUCGCAGCAUCUGAUCCCAUCUUACGACAAAUGCUCGUGGCAUGCGGUAACGUGGCAUCGUACACUUUCAACGCAUGGCUUCCUCUUGUCGCUUUUCCGACUUACGAUGCUCCGAUAUACAAGUAUGGCUAUCAGAUCCUGGUCAUGUUCAGUGGGCUGGCGGUCAUCGGUGUUAUCUCCAUGCAUGUCUUGAGGGAAAAGUUCGCACAGAAAAGUAGCAGGUCUGGGACGUGAAGAAAACACAUUAUAUUGAGAGCGUGUAAGAUAUGGCAAGAGUAGGACAUGAUUUCACGACUAGCAUUGGGAUAGCAUUGGGAUAGCAUUGGGAUAGCAUUGAUUGUGGCAACUGUGUAUGAUAGCGCACGAUAAAAUAGAGCAAAUUCACGCUGAGAAGAGGGCACAACUGUGUGCCAC